AUGCUGCUCAGCGACGGCGAGAUCCACUUGCUGGUGCGCCAGACGCAUCCAUUUUACUACCAGGACACGCAAAGAUGCAGUCCAUGGAUGUCUGACAAGGCGCUAUCCCUAUUUUUGCCUGUGGCAGUGUACUGGGCUUCGUGCACGUUUUACCACAUGCUCGAUGUCCUUCGCCCCGCCUUUUCGGAGAAGUACAGGAUGCAUCCCUCUGAGCAGCUCACAAAGCGGAACCGUGUAUCAAUGCGGAAUGUUCUGUUCAUGGUUGCGUCGCAACAUUUGCUACAAACGAUUCUUGGAAUCAUCGUACUGGAAGAUACCCCAUACGACGGCGUACGUCGCACUGAUGUCGACCCCGAGGCGGGCGUCCUGCGUAUCGCCAACAUACUGCGCCACUAUUUGGAGCUUGACCGCAGCGGUGACAUAUUUCUUGUGCGUGCCGCGAUAGCCUUGUACUGGUGGGGAAUACCGUGGCUCCAGUUUUGGUUUGGCUGUUUUGUCAUGGAUGCCUGGCAGUACAUUUUGCACCGCUCCAUGCACGAGGUCCGAUGGCUGUACCGCGUCCUGCACUCGCACCACCACCGCUUGUAUGUACCCUAUGCGUUUGGUGCGCUGUACAACCACCCACUGGAAGGUGUCCUCCUCGACACACUCGGCGCCGCAGUAGCGCAGGAGCUGAGUCGCAUGACCUUGCGCCAGUCCAUCCCCUUUUUCUGUAUCGCGACAUACAAGACCGUGUCAGACCAUUGUGGGUACGCAUUCCCCUGGUAUUACCACCCAUUCCAUCUCCUGUUUCCGAACAAUGCCGAGUACCACGACGUGCAUCACCAAAGCCAAGGCCUGCGGUACAACUACUCGCAGCCCUUUUUUGUGCAUUUCGACACCGUGCUUGGUACGCGGAUCGACCCCGAAGAAUUCCACGCGCUUCUCGCACAAAAGGCCGAAAAGAGCGAUGCGUUGGACUCGAAUGUGUCUGGCGCCGUGGAACACACCCGUGCGCGCGCGCUCACUGCGCAACCGAAACGUGCACCUGCCAAAAAAACAAAAAAUGCAUUGAGAAAGCCCAUCUCGUCGUAUAGCACCGCCUCCGUCUGGUCCGUGUUCCUUUUUUCCACAAUUCUGACCGUGCCGAUUGUGGCGUACACUGUCAAUACUGGUACAGUAAUGUGA